AAAAAUUGGAAUGCGUUGACAGCUUAUGCGGCUAAACAACAAGUAGGCUUGCUCUCACCUGUUCUCCAAGUUCAGAACUGUUUUAUCCUCUCUCCCCACUCCCACCCCAACCAACGGCCACCACCACGGUCACCGUCGUCUUUGCCCGGGCCUCCUAACAUGGCCACAGCGGCCGUCUCGCUUCUUCAGUUUUCUCGAAUUUCUCGCCGCUUCUCUCUAUUUCCUUUCCUCCGCCCUCCUCGCUCGUCCUCUAUUAGCCUUAGACGCAGCUGCAAACCUCGGCUAUGCUUCAGCUUCUUCCGUGCAGAUUCGCCGCGACAUUUUUCAGUCACUGCAUCGAGCUCUCCAGCCCCUGUAGAUUGGAAGAAUCAUGAUACAACAGGCGAUGAAACAUAUGAUGUCAUAGUAGUAGGAGGUGGACAUGCAGGCUGUGAAGCUGCUCUUGCCUCUGCUCGUUUAGGGGCAAAAACUCUUCUUCUAACAAUCAAUAUUGAUCGAAUUGCAUGGCAGCCCUGCAACCCAGCAGUUGGUGGACCUGCAAAGUCUCAGCUAGUACAUGAAGUGGACGCAUUAGGUGGUGAAAUUGGAAAGAUGGCUGAUAGGUGUUAUCUACAAAAACGUGUUCUUAACAUCUCUAGAGGCCCUGCUGUUAGAGCAUUGCGUGCUCAAACAGAUAAAAGAGAAUAUGCAAUCGAGAUGAAAAAGAUUGUUGAAAGCACUCCAAACUUAUCCAUUAGGGAGGCAAUGGUGACAGAUCUUUUAAUGGGAACAAAUGAUGAUGUAAAAGGUGUUAAAACAUUUUUCGGGAUGAAUUUCUAUUCAAAAUCUGUUGUUCUUACAACUGGCACUUUCAUGAGUGGAAAAGUUUGGGUUGGAAGAACUUCAAUGGCUGCAGGAAGAGCUGGUGAAUCAGCUUCACAUGGUCUCACUGAACACUUACAAUCACUUGGAUUUGAAACUGAUCGAUUAAAAACCGGAACACCUGCAAGAGUUGACUCACGUACAGUUGACUUUUCUGUGUUGGAGCCUCAACAUGGUGAUGAAGAGGUGAAUUGGUUUAGUUUUGAUACUGAUUACCACAUUGAAAGGGAACAAAUGUGUUGUUAUCUUACACGUACAACAGAAGUGACACAUCAGCUUAUAAGAGAUAAUUUACAUGAAACUCCAACUUAUGGAGGAUGGGUUGAAGCAAAAGGACCUCGAUAUUGUCCCUCAAUUGAGGAUAAGAUUGUAAGAUUCCAAGAUAAGGAUUCCCAUCAAAUUUUCCUUGAACCAGAAGGUCGAAGUGUUCCUGAUCUUUAUGUUCAGGGUUUUUCAACUGGAUUACCUGAAAGAUUACAGUUACCACUUUUGAGAACAUUACCAGGUUUAGAGAAAUGUUCAAUGUUGAGACCUGCAUAUGCUGUAGAAUAUGAUUACUUGCCAGCUCAUCAAUGUGCCAGGUCACUUAUGACAAAGAAAAUCCAAGGACUUUUUUUCUCAGGUCAAAUUAAUGGAACAACAGGUUAUGAAGAAGCUGCUGCUCAGGGAAUAAUAUCCGGAAUAAAUGCAGCUAGACAUUCAGAUGGAAAACCUCUGAUUGUUCUUGAAAGAGAAAGCAGUUACAUAGGCACAUUAAUCGAUGAUCUUGUCACCAAAGAUCUUCGUGAGCCUUAUCGUAUGCUCACAAGUCGAUCAGAAUACAGAUUGAUUCUCAGAUCUGAUAAUGCUGAUAGCCGUUUGACUCCUUUAGGGCGUGAAAUUGGUUUAAUAGAUGAUAAAAGAUGGACAUCUUAUCAAGGAAAACAAGCUCGGAUUUUAGAGGAAAAAAAAAGAUUAAAAACUGUUCGUGUCACAAGCGAAGAAUUAGCAGCUGAAGUGUCGUGUUUAUCUGGUCAACCGGUCAAAGAUCAUUCAACACUUGAAGGGCUUCUGAAAAAGCCACAUAUUGAAUACAAAGUGUUGGAAAAACAUGGUUUUGGAAAUAAUGAAUUAUCAAGAAUAGAAAAAGAAUGCAUUGAGAUUGAUAUCAAAUAUGAAGGCUUAAUCGCACGCCAACAUAGCCAAUUGCAACAGAUGGUUCACAGACAACAUAAACCACUUCCAGCAGACUUGGAUUAUAAUUCCAUGAACACUUUAUCACAUGAAGCACGUGAAAAGCUCUCAAAGGUGAGGCCACAAACGAUUGGUCAAGCAAGUAGAGUUGGUGGGGUCAGCCCUGCUGACAUCACAGCACUUCUUAUCAUCAUGGAGUCUAAUCGUAGGAAAGCUCAAGAACUAAAAAAACACCAGAUCUUGGCUUCUGUUAUUUCUGGAGAUUCUACAUAAAUUCUAUUAUAAAAAUGAGAUAUUUCAUUUUUCAACAUUGUGCAAGAGGGCAAGUUGGUAAUUUUGACAAGACAUUGAAAUAGUGAAAUGUGAAUAUAAUGUAUAAUGUAGUUAUUUACUUUCAUCAAACAUUGCAAGAUAUAUCGAGAUACUGUUUACGUAGGAGAAUCAGAUGCAUUCAGAUAAGGGUUUCAGAAUUCA